CUCACUCCUGGGUAAGAAUCUCUCCUCCUAAAUUAAAGAUCUUCUUUUGGAAAGUAAUGCAUUAUUUAGAAGGAAUUUGGCAAAAUCAGUAAAAUGUUUGAUAUGUGAUAUGGAGAAGGAAGCCAUUAAAGACUUACUAUUCUUUUGUCUCCUUGGGCAUCAAACAUUUGAUUUUUCUCACAAAUGGGGUUUUCACCUGGAGCAGAAGGAUUUUCAUAUGUUAAUGCUUGGGGGAGGGAAGUAAUUCAGCCGUUUGAUAACAAGAUGGAUGAUGAUGAUAUUCGAACUCAUGUUAUCUUCCUGUGUUAGCAAAUCUGGAAAGAAAGGAAUGGAAUUUUAUUUUUCUUAUCUUGUAUUUACAGUUAGACAGGCAGAGAAAAAUUUGGUGAGAGUUUAAGGAGUGCCUUCCUUGAAUGUCAAUAGACCCAUCCUGAAAUGGCAACGGCAAACGAACAGAAUGCAGGCCUAGCAACCUCCUCCUCCUCCUAGUUGUUGGAAAUCUAAUUGUGAUCCUUCCUUCAAGGAAGAGUCCAGGUAAGCAUUCAUUGCUUUGAUUAUUAGGGACAGUUCUGGUUAUUUGAUCUCUUUCGGAAUUUAUAGAAGGCUAGCACUACCAGUUCCAGCCUCAGGUGCUACAUGACUCUAUAUUUUACUGAAUAAGCAUCUGCUUGAGAGAUGAUAGGAGUAUACUGGUCUUCUGACCACUCGAGAGAGUCAAUAAUAUUAUACCCACCCCUGACUUUCCCCCAUGGCGUGAUACUCUGUCGUUUUUAACGCUUCUUCCACUACCCAUAUGUUAUUUUGCAAAUUCAACUGCAAACACUCUUUACCAAAAAAAAUAAAACUGCAAACACUCAAAUUUUACGGCAUUAUGCUGCCACGUAGCACUCAGCGGUUAUUCUUUUGAAUUUCAACAAGUCUUUUCGCUAACUGUUGCAUUUCUUUGCGUUGCAUGUAUAUAAACAGAGAUUUGGUUCUCAAAUUGCUUCCAAAGAAAAGGGUUACAGUUUUUAUUUUAAUGCAUAAAUUCUCUUGAAUUGUUUGCUUGGAAAAAUGGCUCCGACUUCACUACUUGCACGGUUUGAGCAAUCUGUUACUCGCGAUGCGCUAAGAUCAUAUCUUGCAGAGUUUAUUUCUACUUUCUUUUUCGUGUUUGCUGUCGUGGGAUCUUCCAUGGCUUCAAGGAAAUUGAUGCCGGCAGCAGAUCCAUCCAAUCUAGUAAUAGUUGCUCUUGCGAAUGCUUUUGCACUUUCAUCUGCUGUAUACAUCGCUGCCAACAUCUCCGGCGGGCAUGUGAAUCCUGCAGUCACGUUCAGUAUGGCUAUUGGAGGCCACAUUAGUGUUCCAACUGCUCUAUUCUAUUGGGUUUCUCAGUUGGUGGCCUCUGUCAUGGCUUGCCUUCUCUUGAGAGUUGCUGCUGUUGGACAGAAUCUUCCAACCUACAUAAUUGCAGAAGAAAUGACAGGAUUUGGCGCGUCAAUAGUAGAAGGCGUGCUAACAUUUGGUUUAGUUUAUACUGUUUAUGCUGCUGGGGAUCCUAGACGAAGUCUGCUUGGAGCAACAGGACCCUUGGUAAUAGGGCUGAUGGCAGGAGCCAAUGUUUUGGCUGCAGGACCAUUCUCAGGUGGAUCGAUGAACCCUGCAUGUGCAUUUGGUUCUGCAGUGGUUGCUGGAAGGUUCAAGAACCAAGCAGUAUACUGGGUUGGACCCUUGCUUGGAGCCACAGUUGCAGGACUUCUCUACGAUAAUGUUGUCUUCCCUAAUCAAGUUCCUGAUUCUAUUAGGGGAAUAUCUGAUGGAGUUGGAGCAUAAUUUCUGUUCAUGUAGAUGUUACCUAUUUGUUUUCUAUUUUUAUUAAUGUGAUUUGUUAUUGUAUUUAGUUUACUGUAUUAUUUCCUUGCUUUAAGAAAAAAAAAAAAAAAAACUUUUUGUAUUUGGUACAGAAGAUUUCUGUGAUGAAUUGGAGUGGAUAUUUGCUUAGUUUCUUUUAAAUGAGAGGCUGAUUUUU